AAAGACGGCAGCGACUUUUCCCAUAGACUAGAACUGGAUGACUCGCAGAAGCUCACGAGAAAAGUCAGACUUCCGAGAAUACAACCAGGACCGACCAAAGGGGACAUACCUCCAAGACAUCACAAGAUAGAUGUAUUUGAUUAUAAGCAGUUCACAGACCAUGAUCGCCAUCAUUUGCAAAUGGCAACUAGCGACUCCCCGGGUUAUAACCAAGCUAAUUUACACCAAACCGACCACUCACAGGCGGAAACCGUCGGAGGUCAUGAUUACUAUUACUUACCAGAGGAAGAGCUUCCAUUCUCAAACAAUGCACGAAGAGAAAUAGAGCUGGACAGGAAGCGACAAGCUAUGUUUGAAUUAAGGGAUCGACAAGUGAAGUUUUUCAGGAAAUGUAAGCAAGAAAAUAAUAAAGCAAAAUACCUCACUGGGCAAGUACAAUGUAGUCACGAGGAACAAGAUAUAGUGUUCAAAUCGAAAGAAAAGAAAAAGAAGAAAGGUGCAAAAAAGUCUAAAGAUCGAAUGGGAUACCGAGAUACCUUACUAAGAGACGAAGGGGAAUAUAACACGAAUGAUAUCCAAGGAAUGGCAACCCCGUCUGAUCACACAAAAGUUUUACCUAGAAUACACGACACAGAAGAUUAUCCAGUGAUUUAUGAAAAUGACUCAAGUCUCCGGCGUCCACCACCUGACAAUAUCAAAUUCCCAGGACAGCCGAUGAGGACCGGGUUUAAAUCAGAAAUGGACGAGAAAGCAUGCAGCACUCAGAUACCUCAAGCACCAGUACGCAGAAACCACAUGCACCUACCGCCAAUACAAGAAAAGUUGCAUGAUAGUCAUCUUUUACCGCCUGUAUAUAAAAUUCCAAAGAAAUUCAGUGCACAUUCACCUCUUCCUCAACCACAGCAGCAAGAAGACCAUGGCCAAAGAAUAUCUUUAAAUCUUCAGUCUGUUAAAGUAGAAAGACCAGAUAAAUUUCAAACUGUAUAUACACCAUUACCUUCGAUAAAGGAACGUCAACCAGGCACAUAUCAAGAUACCACACCAACAAUUGACGUUACGGAAACAAAUUCUGGCGAUGAGUUUGAUAGUGGAGUUGAACUAGACACAGGGUAUGCAUUUGGGAUUUCAGCACAUGUUGUUGAGGAUGAAGAUUUAAGAAAUGAACUGAGACUUGACCUAAGAUUUGCUAAAACUCCAGUUGCAAAGAAAGAAUCAAAGAAUUCACCAAAACACAGCAAAAAUAAAACUGCAAGGAUAAAGGCAAGAGGACAAAAAGAGGGGGAAGGCAGAAUUUAGAGACAUUUCAGAGCCAGAAUUCAUCAACGUAAGGAAUUUAGACACGGUUUUGAAAGUUUUAUUUUUCAGUUUUACACAUAUUUGAAAAUGCAUUUAAAAGAUCGUUUGGAUGUACAUAUGUAACAUAUUCUUACAAAGUUACACCAAAAUAAGUUAAAUUAACAAUUAAAGAAUUAGCGGACAGCGGCGAGUAACACUUCGAAAACUUUAUCUUUUAUCGCCUGUAUAUACAAAUCCAGUUGAAAUUAGUGCACUUUCACCUCUUCCUCAAACUCAACAACAAGAAGAACAUGGCCAAAAUAUAUCUUCACAUCUACACACUGUAAAUGUAGAAAGACCAGAUAAACUCCCAGUUGUAUGUACACCCUUACCUUUGAUACAGGAACACCAACCAGGUACAAAUCAAAAUACCACACCACCAAUUGACAUUACGGAAAUAAAUUCUGACGAUGAGUUUGAUAGUGGUAUUGAACUAGACACAGGGUAUGCAUUUGGGAUUUCAGCACACGUUGUUGACGACGAAAACUUAAGAACUGAAUUGAGACUUGACCUAAGAUUUGCUAAAACUCCCAUUGCAAAAAAUGAAUCAAAGACUUCAUCAAAACACAGUAAAAACAAAUCUGUGAAGAUAAAGACAAGAGGGGAAAAGGAAGACAAAGGCAGAUUAUAGAGAUAUUUCAGGGUCAGAAGUCAUCAGCGUUUGAAAAUUAGACAUGAUUUCGUACGCCUUAAUUUUCAGUUUUACAAAUUACAGCGUAGUUUGAAAAUGUAUUUUGACCAUUAUUUGAAUGCUGCAUGUUCCUGCUAAAUAACAAGAGGAAGAAAUUGACAACAAACUGAUAUACGUAUAAGACGAGUAACACAUCGAAAACGUAAAUGAAUAUAAACAGACACAAAGUAGGAACGAGCAUAAACACGCAGUACAUCUACUGGAACUAGAAAUCAGUGAUUGUUUUUUUUUAUAUUCUGUAUGGUAAAUAAAGACAAACUGAAGAUGAAGCCUCGGGUAAUGGAAAGGUAUGGUCGUUGGAGAAUCAUUGAGAAAAAAGGCUAUUUUUAGAAAAAUGUUCAAU